UCAAUUCAGUAUAGUCCUUCGAUUCAUUAUAUUAGGAUAAAAAUAUAUAUAUUCAAAUAUGUACAAGACAAGUGUGUAUAUGAUUCUAUUCUUUAUAGCAGUGGAAUUUUCAUCUGCAUCUUUGAAACCUGAGGAACUUGGAGAGAACCUUUCGAAACUGGCACCAGUGUUACACAAUACUUGUGUCAAAAAAACAGGAAUACCCGAAGCUACAAUAUCAAGCAUGAGAGGAGGAAAUUUUGAAGAAGAAGACAAAUCAAAGGAAUAUGUCACAUGCAUAUGGCUGGAAUCCCAAAUUAUCAAACCUGAUGGUACUCUAAACAGGGAUCGCAUGAUGGAACUUUGCCCUCCUCAGAUAAAAGAAACAGGUCCGAAAAUAGUAUUAGGAUGUUGGGAGCAAGUUGAAGAGGUGACUCCCCUGGAGAAGAGAGUAUACGAACUGCAGAAAUGUUUCUACAAAUCUGAUCCAGAGAAUUAUAUUAUGAUUUGA